AUGAAGGCUUCCAUAUUGACACAGGCCCUCGGCCUCCUCUUGUCACUUGGCUUAAUCGUCGAGGCAAAAGCCUCUUCAGCCAAGAAGUACUCGCGGACAGAAGCCUGCAAGCCGCACCAGCCAUUCCAUCCGCUCCCUAUUAGCCAGGCUCGGACGAAGACGUGCCAUGUUGCUAGUCAUGGCAAUGGAGCCGAUGAUUCGAAGAAUAUCCUCUCCGCGCUGCACAAGUGUAAUAAUGGUGGCAAGGUUGUUUUCGACGAAGAUAAGACGUAUACCGUGGGCACGGCGCUGGAUAUGACGUUCUUGAAGCAUGUCGAUCUUGAGGUCCUCGGCACAAUCAAAUUCACCAACGACACAGACUACUGGCAAACCAACGCCUUCAAACAAAUCUACCAAAACGCAACGACCUUCUUCCAGCUCGGAGGGGAAGACGUCAACCUCUACGGCGGCGGCACCCUCGAUGGCAAUGGACAGGUCUGGUACGACUUGUACGCGGAGGAUGCAUUGAUCCUGCGUCCCAUCCUCGUCGGCGUUAUCGGUCUGCAUGGCGGCACUAUUGGUCCGCUGAAGCUGCGCUAUUCGCCGCAGUGGUAUCACUUUGUGGCUAAUUCGUCGAAUGUGCUUUUUGAGGGGAUUGAUAUUUCCGGGUACAGCAGUAGUAAGAAUACGGCGAAGAAUACUGAUGGAUGGGAUCUCUAUCGCUCUUCGAACAUUGUUAUUCAGGAUUCGAUUAUUAACAACGGUGAUGACUGCGUCUCUUUCAAGCCGAACAGCACGGAAAUCAUCGUCCAGAAUCUCCACUGCAAUGGCUCCCACGGCAUCUCGGUUGGUUCGCUGGGCCAGUACCCGGGUGAAGUGGAUAUCGUCGAGAACCUCCUAAUCUACAACAUUUCCAUGUUUAACGCCUCGGACGGCGCCCGCAUCAAAGUCUGGCCCGGCGUUUCCUCCGCCCUCUCAACCGACCUCCAAGGCGGAGGCGGCUCCGGCAGCGUCAAGAACGUCACAUACGAUACCAUGACCAUUGAUAAUGUGGAUUAUGCGAUUGAGGUGACGCAGUGCUAUGGGCAAAAGAAUCUUACGCUUUGCAAUCAGUAUCCAUCUAAGCUGACUAUCGCCGAUGUUCUGUUUACAAAUAUUAAGGGGACGACGUCUGGGAAGUAUGAUCCUGACGUUGGUACUAUUGUUUGUUCGAGUGAGACGGUUUGCUCGAAUAUCGAGGCGACUAAUAUUGAUGUUUCGAGUCCGGAUGGGGAUGACGAGUUUGUUUGCACGAAUGUUGAUGAGGUGAUGGAGGACCAAGCAGCUGUCUGUUCAAUGCUAAAGUCAAUGUAA